GAAGUUCUGUUGCAUCCAGUAGCGUCUGCAUAUUGCCUGAACAAAAAUGUAGGCUCAGAUCUAAAACCACUGAUGGAAUCAUGCGGUCUUGGUGGUGCAGAAAGUCGGUCAAGUAAUAUUUGUGGGCAUGUUUUUAAGGCUGGUGAAGCCACUUAUUCAUGCAAGGAAUGCGCUUGUGAUCCAACAUGUGUGUUUUGUCACCAGUGUUUCCAGAAAUCAGCACACAGGUUUCACAAAUACCGAAUAGCUCAAUCGGGUGGAUCGGGUUACUGUGAUUGUGGUGAUGUGGAAGCGUGGAAAACAGAUCCAACCUGUGAACUACACGCCCAAGAACCUCAGCCAAACGUUGAGGAACGAAAAUCGAGUCAGUUAUCUGAGGAUGUUUGUGAACGAUUACGAGCCUUAACGCGAACCAUUUUACGUUAUUCAACUUCCGUAAUUUGUUGGCAACCCUCUGAUGAACUACCCGAUUUUGUAUUGCAAUUCGAUCUUGAUCCUGCACUGCCUCCCUAUCAGACGAUAUUAUACAACGAUGAGACGCAUACCUAUGAUUCGGUGAUUCGUGCACUGAAUUUAUCGAUUCACUGCAAUGAACAACAAGCAAUGAUAUUGGCGACAAUAGUGGAUCGUGAGGGACGCAGCAGUGUACGAGCUGGUACGAAUGAUUUUUGCACACGAGCCAAAGAUGAAAUUCAGCGUCGCACAAGUAGAGACACGAAUCGUCGAACGGAAAAGUCGGGUCCAUUGGAGGUGCGUGUUAUGGAUUCACGUCUAGUGGCCAUGCAAAAUUUUGCCAUUAAAUUGAUGAAUUGGUUGACAAUUCAAACACAACACUUCCGUAUGUUGCCUUUCUGA